UCUUUCAAAUUUAUACUAUCAAAGAGAGUAUAACCAUUCUUUGGUUGUUGCAGUAGCGGCGCCGGCAAACAAUCUCCGAUUACUGCACUCAUUCACUCCUCAAGGUAACGCUUCUUCUUCCUCCUCCGUUCGUUUUUCAAUCUCUUCAGUUCUGUUUGAGUAAUGGCGACCGAAGAAGAGAACACAGAGUUCUACUUGAGAUACUAUGUUGGACAUAAGGGCAAAUUCGGUCACGAAUUCUUGGAGUUCGAGUUCAGACCCGAUGGCAAGCUUCGAUAUGCUAACAACUCCAAUUACAAAAACGAUACCAUCAUUCGCAAGGAGGUUUACCUCACUCCCGCCGUUCUUCGCGAGUGUCGCCGCAUCAUUUCCGAUAGCGAGAUUAUGAAGGAAGAUGAUAACAACUGGCCGGAGCCGGACCGGGUGGGGCGUCAGGAGCUUGAGAUUGUGAUGGGGAAUGAGCAUAUCUCCUUCACAACGUCCAAGAUUGGGUCUCUUGUCGACGUUCAAAGCAGCGCAGAUCCUGAAGGGCUUCGCAUCUUUUACUAUCUUGUUCAGGAUUUGAAGUGCUUUGUCUUCUCUCUUAUUUCACUUCACUUCAAGAUCAAGCCUAUAUAAAUACGUUUCAAGUAUUUAUAAGUUUGUCCUCUUUGGAAUGUGCCUCUUUUAACAACCUUUCACUUUUAGCUAAUGAAGUUUGACAUUUGUAUUGGUGAUGAACAGGAAAACCUGAUUUGAAUGGAUUACUUUUGUACAAAAUAUUAGUUUUUUGUAUGUUUGAUCUUUUGGAUAUU